AUGGCCCCCCCGCGCCAACGAACCGCGGCCGUCCAGGACGACUCACGGUCUGAAGCUUCAAGCACAACAACCAAAGAGCUCAAGGCGGCAGCAGCCAAGGGACGAAAAGGUGCUAAUGGUGUCGUGACGACGUCCAUUUCCCGAGAAGUAAAAGUCACCACAAACAUUACCAGCGCGCCCGCUGCACAGGGAGAGCAAUUGGACAACCUUCCCAGAAUCUCCUGGUCCGACAUGCCUCUCGAAUUCCUCCACUCCUACCGACACGCCUACAAAUUGGCCACACCGAGCGCCUUCUCUAGCGAAUACGCACAUAACCUCCUCUCACAAGGAAUCGGCCUGCGAUCACCGACAGCCAUUGCCGCUCAGCGCGCGCAACUCUUGAAAAAAGAUUCGCACCAGACGAACGGCUCGUCAAGAGCCUCGCAAUACCAUACACAUAGCCGCAACGGCACCAGCAGCGGUGACCGUCACAAUCGCUCAAAGAACUCUACCUCACACACUGGCAAGGACGCACUACACCAUAUCGUCGGUCAAGAACGAGUGAGCAAAAACCAGCUGGCCACCGCCGUCCGCAAACACUUUAACAGUGCCGGGCUCGUCGAGCAGGAGGCGAUUGCACGAUUUCUAUACAAAGUCCGUGAAGAGGGUCGGGGACGACAUUUCCGACUGAAGUUUCAGCCAUGA